AUGGAUCCAGGAACAAACAAUCAAGGCGUGUCUCGCAGUGUUGCUGACAAAGUGUCUAUCGAAUUAUGGAUAAUGGUUAUGGAACAAAUCGAUACACAAACACCAGAAGAGACCCCCUUUGCGAUCAGCACGCCUCCCACACGUUAUCCAUUCCCUGCAUCACUUCGUCUUGUGUGUCGAAAAUGGAAUGAUGCUGCAACUCCGUUUGUGUACCGCGAAGUCAACAUGAAGUGCAUUUUCGGAAUUAUGAAACAAGACAAUUACAUUAGCCGCACGGCAUCUAUUUCUAAAAUUAAUAAUAUUGUAUUGCAUGCCAAAUCUUUCACGCUCGCUAUAAACGGUACAGAGGUGGAGCAUAUUCAGUGGGGUAUGCUCUUCCAACAGUUGUCGGCGUGCGUAAAGUUGCAACGCAUUCGUUAUUCCUUCUACGGCCGAGACCACGAAUUUCCAAAACUAUUGACCGAAUACCUCGCAGGGCGAAAUCCGCCAUUGCUGCUUGAGGUACCUGGCUUCGUAAACUCCCUUAAAUGGAUACCUUCUUGUCUAGUCCCAGUUUUGACGACAAUACAAACUUCGGCCGAUUACUUACAGCAGGCGGUUGAAUGCUCCGAUUUUAUCUUAGCCGCUGCGAAAGCAGAUUCGUGGGAUUCGUGUUAUGUGCCAUUCAAACUGCAACUAAAUGGUCGCUUUGUAUCACCAAUGAAGGGUUUGCGUAUGAUUGAACAUCCAUGGGAAGCAUAUACUCCAGAUGAGUUUAAAGCGUGGGACUUCUCUCAACUACGCGACUUACGCAUUGUGAAUGCCGAGGGUGGCUUGAUUGCAUUCAUGUCACAGAAAACCGCCAAAAGCCUCCCACGACUCAGCAAAAUCAGUGUAGCUGUGAUUUCUGGUGAAAUAUCUGCAUUGUACAAUGAACGACUCGCUGCUUUCAUCGCAGAUUUUACCACUCUGACACACAUAGACCUUCACCACUAUGAUUUCACGUCGUUGCUCCCGACGAUUGAAAAAUUGGGCCAUCAAUUAUUCGAGUUGUCGCUACAUCGCAAAAAGCAAACCAACCCCCCAUUACGUGGCCAUGUGAUGUCUCCUGAGGUUGCGGACAAGAUACAGAAAUCUUGCGUCAACCUUCGCGUGUUUUGUGUCGAUAUCCCAAAUUCCCAAAAGCAUCAGUGCGCUUUGAGCAUUACACGUAUGCCUAAGCUCAAAUACUGCAGGUUGACAGUCGUUCGAGAUUCAGUAUCGAUCAUGGAACCGGAGAAAGCCAACGAAGACUGCAAGGAUAUAGCUCGCCUUCUAUUUGGCUAUACUCCUACCCGUAACUCUCUCGAAACCGUCACAAUUCGUCACUACAUCACAAGCCCCUAUCCCCAACUCGUUUCUACAGGAAUUCCAACCCCGGACCACUUCGCAACUUAUGAGUUUGAUCCUAGCCAUUUUUCUGCUUAUCUACAGACGAGAAGUAAUGGGGCACUGUUUGAUCUAGAGGACGACAAAACUUUCAUUUCCGGCGAAUACUAA